AUGUCUACUCCAGUUGACACCUCUUUGACCAGCCUCAAGGAAAUCACUGCCAAGAUCAUGGACAUCAUCACCGGCGCUUGGCAGUUUCCUCCGGGCCACAGCCACUUUUCUCUGACAACCCAGGCUGAUGCAGUCCGGCACUAUGGGAGUGGUCCCUACCUUCCGGGUCUCGUCUGGCCCAACUGGCACAGCAUCGGGUACGACGAUACCCAUUUGUUGAUGCACCCCUGGUGCAGCAAGGUUCUUGCCUGGGAGGAGUUAGGUGAUCACACCUUUGAUCUCCCGGUCAUGGCCGGUCCUUCAGUAGGUCCAAUUCCUGUGGAUCUUCCACCCUCGCCUGUCAUCGCCAGGCCUUCUACCAACCCUGCCUCCAAGUCCCAGGAGAAGGGAAAAGGUAAGGCAGUUGUCCUGGACCCGGAACCUGGAAGUGGAAGGGAGUCGGAAGAGGAAGUCUCCCAUGAUUCCAGCACUUCCCUCCCAACCCCCAAACUGAUUUCGCAUGGAGUGCUGGAGGUCGUCCUCCCCUGGCUCUCCCCAGAUGUUGCAAGGACAUCCGGAUCACCUUGGUCACCCCAGAGCCUGAAGAAGAAACCCUUCGGGCCUGCUACAGCAAUUGCCAGCAAAUGUCUGGAGGUCAUUGAGCUCCCUCAGGCAACUCCUGAACCUCUGGUAGAGGCCGCCCCAGCUUGCCACAAGAUGGAAUGGCCCUGUGCAACUUGGUUUGACAAGAGGACUGGCGCCCCAUGCAUGUCCUGCAUCUACUGCACCACCAAGAAGAUCAAGUGCAUCUCUGUCAAUCUGUCACCUGAACCACCAGGAGGACCAGAUCCAGGACCCCUUCCAAAGCUCCCUCCAAAGCUCCAGCCCCCUUCCAAUCCACCAGCUGGACUCGGAGUCAAUCUCGGGUCUCUUCUGUCACUCCUGGUCCAUCUCGUGCCCAAACACCAAAGGCGCAAACACGCGGUCACAGCAAGACUGUCACUGCUGCCAAGGAACCUGCACCUGCACCAGCUCGCAACAGUCCCAUCUUUGACUUCCGGAGUUUUUUGUUUGGCAUUUGAUGUGUUAAUGCCGGAUUUGCAUGCCAUGGCAAUGGUGAUUUGGGAGGGUGCAGCUCAAAUCGCCGCUCUCGAGGAGCAUCUUGUUGAGCAGGAUGCUAAGAUUGACACCCUGCAAUGCCUUCAUGAAGGCCUUCAACAUGAAAUCAUCCUCUGGCACCCAGCAUUUCCACUUCCGGACGCCCAAGGUGAUGCAACAUCAUUUUUGCUUGAUCAACCUGUCCCUCCGGCCAUGUCAACCCCUGCAUCUGCACUUCCUCCUCUCAUUGACCUGUCUAUGGAAGGGAUGGAGCCCAAAUCCCCCAACCUCCAGGAUGAGUCUGUCAUCGAUGGACUCAUAUUUGAGCUCAACCAAAUUUAUCCUGAGGUUUCACAGAUGCCUGGCAAAAUUGUGAAACUGGAUGAUCCAGGCAAUCUUUUCCCAGAGUAUGAUUCAGUUGAAGAGAUGGAUGUUCAAGUAAAGGGUGAACCUUCUGGUAAGGAUGUUGACAUGACUACAUAA